UCUUUCACCCUUAAAUAAAGAGAAGCACGUCUUUGUUUCCCAACUCGUCCCAAACCCAUCUUUUGUUCAUGACUACCAUAAUCUUGUUGCUUCUUUCUUUGACAUUCAUUGCUCCAUUCUCAUCUUCAACAUUUAGCAAAGGUUCAUCUCUCGUCAGUGAGAGACCAACAUAUGUUUUAACUUCACCAGAUAACGUUUUCUCUGCAGGCUUUUACUCCGUUGGUGAAAAUGCUUUUUGCUUUGCUAUAUGGUUUAGCAACUCAAGCACCGUAGUUUGGGUGGCAAACCGUGACCGGCCAGUUAAUGGAAAGCGCUCAAAGCUCUCACUCCUCAAAAAUGGCAAUUUGAUCUUAACUGAUGCUGGUAAGUUCACUGUUUGGGCCACAAACACUUUCUCACUCUCCUCAGUAGUACAAUUAUCUCUCUACAACACUGGUAAUCUUGUUCUACAUAAUAGGGAAAGUGUUAUUUUGUGGCAAAGCUUUGACCUCCCUACAAAUACACUUCUUCCUCAACAACUUCUCACUAGAAACACAAAACUUGUCUCCUCCAGAAGCCAGACAAACCAUUCCUCUGGUUUCUAUGAGCUUUUCUUCGACAAUAAUAACGUUCUCAGCCUUCUUUUUAAUGAUCCUGAGGUUUCCAGUAUUUACUGGCCUGAACCGUGGCUUGUAAGUUGGCAGGCUGGAAGGUCCACGUAUAAUAAUAGUAGAAUUGCAGUGCUGAAUUCCUUAGGAAACUUUAGUUCAUCCGAUGAUUUUUCUUUUUUGUCAAAUGACUAUGGAGCAGUGCUUCAUAGAAGAUUGACACUUGAUUAUGAUGGUAAUAUUCGAUUGUAUAGUUGGGAAAAAGAGAGGCAAACUUGGGUUGUCUCAUGGCAAGCCAUUCAGAAACCUUGCAGGAUUAAUGGUGUUUGUGGGGCCAACAGUUUGUGCAAGUAUGUUGUUGGUUCUGGGAGGAAAUGCUCUUGCCUUCCAGGAUACAAGAUGAAAAAUGGUUCUGAUUGGUCCUAUGGGUGUGAACCCGAAUUUGAUCUCCCUCACAACAAACACGCGUCUGUCUUUCUCCUACUAUCUAAUGUUGAAUUCUACGGGUAUGAUACUGGUUACUUCACCAAUUACGCCUUAGAUGACUGUACAAAUUCAUGCUCGCAGUUGCACAAUUGCAAAGCAGUCCAAUACGCCUUUGAAAAAGGUGAUUGUUUCCUUAAGUCACUGUUGUUGAAUGGAUAUCAUUCCCCAGAUUUCCAAAAAGAUAUCUAUUUGAGACUCCCAAAAAACUAUAGCUUUUCGUACAAUAGUUCUGUAGAAGAAUUCAGUUUAGAUUGCUCGAGGGAUGGUACAAUACAAUUGGAAAGAACGUACGUAAAAAGCCGUGUAAAUGGGAUUGUGAAAUUCAUGCUUUGGUUUGCCUGUGGUGUGGGAGGACUUGAAGUCAUAUGUAUUUUUGUGGUGUGGUGUCUUUUGAUCAAAACCCGAAAAAGUUCAGGUGCAGACAAUCAAGGGUAUGCUCUUGCUGCCGCUGGAUUUAGAAAAUUUACCUAUGCUGAGCUAAAAAAGGCCACAAAGGGUUUUACUGAAGAUAUCGGAAUAGGUGCAUGGGGUGUUGUAUAUAAAGGUGUAUUGUCUGACAAUAGAGUUGCAGCAAUCAAGCGUCUCAAUGAAGCCAAACAAGGAGAAGACGUAUUCCUAGCAGAAGUAAGCAUCAUUGGUAGGCUUAACCACAUGAACUUGAUAGACAUGUGGGGUUAUUGUGUUGAAGGAAAGCACAGACUUUUGGUGUAUGAGUACAUGGAGCACGGUUCUUUGGCUAAAAACCUCUCUUCUAACGUACUUGAUUGGAGGAAAAUGUUUGAAAUUGCUUUGGGUACUGCAAAAGGUCUAGCGUAUCUCCAUGAAGAGUGCUUGGAGUGGGUUUUACAUUGCGACGUGAAACCUCAAAACAUACUUCUUGACUCUAAUUAUCAUCCAAAGGUAGCAGAUUUUGGUUUAUCCAAAUUACAGGACAGAGGUGAUCUCAACAAUUCCAGCUUCUCAAGAAUGAGAGGAACUCGUGGUUACAUGGCUCCAGAAUGGGUGUUCAAUCUACCCAUCACCUCCAAAGUAGAUGUUUAUAGCUAUGGAAUUGUUGUGUUAGAGAUGGUGACUGGAAAGAGCACAAUAAUGGGUGUCCACACUAUAGUUGCUGGAGUUGAAGCUGAACAUACAAGGUUGGUUACUUGGGUUAGGGAGGCAAAGAACAGAGAGGCAACUACAACUACUACUACUUCCUGGAUUGAAGAUAUCAUAGACCCCACAAAGGAAGACAUAUGGGAUAUGGGUAAGGUAAAAAUCUUGGUUGAAGUGGCUCUGCAGUGUGUAGAAGAAGACAAAGAUGCAAGACCCACCAUGAGCCAAGUAGUCAAGAUGCUUGUUCAUUGUGAAAAUGGAUCUACUUAAAAUAAAGAGGAUCCUAAUACCACUAUACCACCAACAUGGCAUGAUGGCUCUUAUAUUUUGCUUUGUUUUGAUUUUCUCAUUAGUUUGUUCCCCUGUUUUCUGUGUGUUUGAAAUAAAAUUCCAAAUAUAUAACUGUUUGUUACUUUUUUAUUAA